AUGUCGGACUCGAAGACUAGACGAAAAUCUGAGUUCAAGAGUUCGAGUCCUCGGCCGGCACGUUCUUCCCCAGGGCAAGGAACUUCACCACCAUUACCUACAGAUACAGUGUACUUCACAUUGGCCGAGCGCGUCCCGAGGCCUUGUCCCGAGGUUCGGGAGCGGCGAGCGAGGCCGAGGCCGAGGCCGGCGGGAGGUGAAGGAGUGCCGCGUCGGUGCUGCGUGCUUUCCAGUGAUGGCCCAGAGAGGCUCGGGGAGAGUGCCACCGCUGCAGCUGGCGUGAGUGCCAUGAGGGACGGCACUGCAAAGAAGCUGGUGGCAUGGGCGUGCCUGGGAGCUGGGACGGUGAUUCUAACAUGGACAAUUUUCACCAUGGGCAGCCCGCGAUGGUUUCCUCUCUCCAUCUCCGCCUGGAUGAGAAAACCGUUGCCGAGAACCUCUCCGGACCCCUGCCUCCCUCAGGCCAUGAGACAAAGGCUAGCCUCAGAACUCGCUUAUCUUAGCAGGGAUAUUCUCGCACACGCAGACGAAGAUCCGCAGCACAGCAAGUGGUCCGCUCAGCUGAACCUGAUCACCUCUGUCCUGGAUCCGCGCAUGGGCCAGGAGGACCUCCGGCCGCCGUCCCUCGUCUGCCCGGAGUCCUUCGACAGCGCCACCUUCACGGAGCUCAAGUGCGACUCCGCCCCGCCGCUCGCCCAAGUCCUGAGCGUGAUCCUUCCGGCCCGAGGAUGGGACGAGGACCGUGUGUCUCGCGUGGUGCAAGGCCUCGGGGAGAAGCACGCCCUCACUGUCAUCCUUCUGUUGGGAAAGGACGACCCCGAGCCUCCCCGCGGUGAGAACCUCCUGGUCCUGCGUCAGAAUCAGUCCGUGAGUACUGGGUCGCUCCUCAACGAAGCCGUCUCCAGGGUGAAGACGUCCCACGUGCUGAUAGGAGACGGCCUUGUGCACUUCUCCUGGGACUUCUCCCCGCUGACGAGGCUGCUACGAGUGAUAGACCGCCUCCCAGCUGUAGGAGUCGCAGCAGGAGCCUACCGCGACGAGAGUGGGCGAUGGAGUCACGGCUGCCUCCAGAGAUCCAUCACGAAUUACCACGCCACAUUCAUCCGCGGCUACCAGUACUCGGGCCAGGAGUGCAUGUACUGUAAUGACGUCCUGGGGCCCUUCUUGGCGCCGGUGGGUCUUCUUCGACGCCCCUCCCUUGGCAACACGCUGGACGGGCCACUCCUGUAUCGAGAUUGGUUCACGAGACUCGGGCAGGAGGGCUUCUUGUACCUCGUGUGUCCGGACGUGAUGUUCUUCGUCGAGGCAGAACCUGUCAUGACAAGAGAGGACUGGAAAGCGUAUGCGACCAUGUGGGUUCUUCAGAGCGUUAGUGGAUUCAACAACAAAGAGUAUGAUUUUUCAUGCACAGAGGUUCAUAUAAAUUGUGCGAAUUUGCGUAGUAAGAUAAAUUAUUACCUAAUCCCACCGUGCUGCAGUGAUAUCCUAAUGAACGGCAUGGCCAUCGUUAAUGAGUAUGCAGAGAUAACUGGCGUUGAGUACGAGAUGCAUCACGGGUCUCUCCUCGGAGCCGUCAAGUUGGGUUUUUACCUUCCGUGGGACUUCGAUCACGACAUCUACUUCGACUGUCGCGACAGGAGAUCGUGGAAGGCAAUGGGCACGUACCUGAAAAAGACCCAUUCCGGAUGCAGCUUGCGCUAUUCCUCGUCCAAGGUACCUUUCGUCAUUCAAUGCAAGACGUACUUCAUCGACAUGGUGUGCCGAAAGCCCCUCUCGCGCCACACUCUUCCCGAGGUCUACCGGAACGUGAGUACGUGGGUCGAGUACGGGGGUUAUCGGGUCCCCGUCAUGGCCAACCCCGGGGCCGCCGCCAGAGACCAGGCAGGACCAAACAACCUGCGCCAUGCACAACACUGGCGCGUGCCUGACCACCCCGAAGCAGGAGCGUGGCGACCCUGCCAGAAUCCCUUUAAGCAAGCAUGUCUUGAUCGUCAUCCUGCUGAUGGGAGUCUCGCCUUCAGUUCUCCUCCUCGGUGUUUACCUUAAUGUCUGUAAGUGUCUGCAAGAAACUCCUGUGGAUUCUUCUUAUCAACAGCUCGAUUUCUUAAAACUGUUUCUUCUGAUUUUUAUGAUGAGAAUGACACUUUUAUAUCAGUUUUGCGAAUGAUCACAUAAAUAUGGAUAUUCCUUUACUGACACCUAUAUCACUACUUAUAAGAAGACGAAAAAGUAUUACCGAAUUCAUACAGUAUAUUUGAUAUGGUUAAAUAAAUGAAACUAUACUUACUUGCAUGUUUACAUAUGGUUAUCAAUCUCACAUUAGUCAUAAUAUCCCGUCCAUUCCAUUAAAGCUGAUACUGUUUAACAUAUCUCUCUCGUUUCUCUUCAUAAUUCGUCUUCCUCUGUUAUUCCAUCAUGGCCUUACCCAUUAACAUUUAAUUACAAGGACACGAAUAAAAUUCUGCUUAUCACAACUGUAAGAUCAUAAAAAAACUAAACAAUUAAAGAGAUUCAUUUGCACAAUUCUGAGAGGCAGUGAGAAAGAUUACGUCAUCUGAGUAUCAGGUUUAACACUUAUCCCGUGAUUCAUAUCCUUUCUCCCUGACAUCACUCUCAUCACCUUCUGUGUCUGUACCUCAUAUCAUUAUCAUCUGCACCACAGUUUUCUGAAUAGUCUACACCGCUGGUUCCCAACCUUUUCACUAAAAAGGACCCCUGUUUUUUUUUUGUUUUUUUUUAAUUAAUAUUCAUUACAGACCCGAGUAUUUUUUUUAAAUGUCUGAUUACACAAUAGCUUUUCUCUCAAAACUAACAGCUUCCUCUCAGUUUAAUUAUUUUAUUGAAAUACUGACACACUUGUAUAUGCAAUUAAGCGACUGUCAGUAUCUAAAGAAUAUACCUCUGCAACAGCCUUAAAGUUUUACCGAAAAGCCUUUCAAAAUGCUGAACUUGCCGACAGACCCCCAGCACUACCUUUGGGAACCCGAAGGGGUCCGGGGACCACUGGUUGGGAACCAUUGGUCUGCACUGUGAAACCUAUAGUAUUUUUCUCUCUCACAAAUUAUUAAUACUUGAAUGUUAAAGCCGCCACCAACUGUUUACACCAGUGCUAUAUAUUUUUCCAGUCAUUAUCUGUGACUUUUAAUAUCUAUAGAAUAAUGAAUGCAUGGGUAUGCACAACAAUGUAUAUUUAAUGUUUAUGUGUAUGUGGUAUGGAUAUAUAGGUAUACAUGUAUUUCUGUUAUAAAAAUAACUUAACCAACUUUUAGUAUUGAUUUUCUCUACACUAUAUAAAACUGAUGACUAAAAAACUACCUUUUUCUCUGUGAUCAAUGUCUCCCAUAAGAAUUAUGAUAAUGUAUAAGAUAAUCUGAAGACACACAAUAAAACCAUGAUAAUUC